GACGGCGACAAGCAUGGCGGCCAUAAUAAAAGAUACCGGAGAAAUUUGGAGCAGGCUCUUUGAUCAUCGGCCGUUCGUUCACGGCGAAGUCACGUUUUUCCUGCGAGAGUUUCAGGACCGAAGGGACGACAGAGAAGUGUCACGUUUGUUCAAGAGCCUAGAGUACUCGUCCGAGCUCGGGCAGAGCCAGUUGGACAGGGCCUUACAGCUAGGAGAUGAGCAUCUGCCGAGUUUGAAAGUCAACGUCGACGUGGCGAUUAGUAUGUGCGAGAGUGUUUUACAAAAGGAGUGCAAAUUCGAUAGUACCAGUAAAUUGGAAAAAAAUCGAGGAACAAGGAAAAGCGAGUGGGAAAAGUUUAUCAAUGAUAUGACUGACAAGUGUGCUAAGGUAGACGAAGAGUUUCUGAUCAAAGAGAAAGAACUGCAGGGUUUUUAUGCCGAUCUGGAAGAAAAGUUGCACAUUAAGUCUUAAUUGCAGUGUAGCACUGCCUAAU